AUGUCGUACUUUGGGGAACAUUUUUGGGGUGAGAAAAAUCAUGGCUUUGAGGUGCUGUACCACAGCGUGAAGCAGGGGCCCGUCUCCACCAAGGAGCUGGCUGACUUCAUCCGGGAGAGAGCCACCAUCGAGGAGACAUACUCAAAGGCCAUGGCGAAACUCUCCAAGCUGGCCAGCAACGGGACCCCCGUGGGGACCUUCGCCCCGCUCUGGGAGGUCUUCCGAGUCUCCUCCGACAAGCUGGCGCUGUGUCACUUGGAGCUGACGCGGAAGCUGCAGGACCUCAUCAAGGACGUGCUGCGCUACGGGGAGGAGCAGCUCAAGGCCCACAAGAGGUGCAAGGAGGAAGCGCUGGGCACCCUGGACGCGGUGCAGGUGCUCUCGGGCGUCAGCCAGCUGCUGCCCAAGUCUCGCGAGAACUACCUGAGCCGCUGCAUGGACCAGGAGCGCCUGCGCAGAGAGAACACCAGCCAGAAAGAGAUGGACAAGGCAGAAACCAAAACCAAGAAGGCGGCGGAGAGCCUGCGGCGCGCGGUGGAGAAGUACAACUCGGCCCGGGCCGACUUCGAGCACAAGAUGCUGGACUCGGCGCUGCGCUUCCAAGCCAUGGAGGAGACCCACCUGCGACACAUGAAGGCGCUGCUGGGCUCCUACGCACACUCGGUGGAGGACACUCACGUGCAGAUUGGGCAGGUGCACGAGGAAUUUAAGCAGAACAUAGAGAACGUCACCGUGGAGAUGCUGCUCAGGAAGUUUGCUGAGAGCAAGGGCACGGGCCAGGAGAAGCCAGGGCCUCUGGACUUCGAGAGCUACAGUGCGGCCGCGCUGCAGGAAGCAAUGAAACGCCUGCGGGGAUCCAAGGCCUUCCGCCUUCCAGGACUAAGCCGGCGGGAGCGGGAGCCUCGAGCCGCCGUAGAUUUCCUGGAACCCGAUUCAGGGAUGUGUCCAGAGGUGGAUGAAGAAGGUUUCACCGUCCGACCUGAUGUGACCCAGAACAAUAUCCUUCUGAUCACGGCCGAGCCUUCUCGCUUCUCCUCUAGUGACUCUGACUUUGACGAUGAGGAGCCCCGGAAGUUCCACGUGCACAUCAAGCCCGCGCCAGCCCGGGCUCCAUCCUGUAACCCCGAGGCUGCCGCGGCACAGCUCAGGGCCACAGCGGGCAGCCUCAUCCUACCUCCAGGCCCAGGGGGCACCAUGAAACGCCAUUCUUCCCGGGACGCUGCUGGGAAGCCACAGAGGCCUCGGUCUGCCCCCAGGACCAGCAGCUGUGCAGAAAAGCUGCCCUUGGACGAGCAGGUAUCCAAGAAUCUCUUUGGGCCACCCCUGGAGUCAGCCUUUGACCAUGAAGAUUUUACAGGCUCCAGCAGCCUCGGGUUCACCUCCAGCCCCUCCCCUUUCUCCUCCUCGUCACCUGAAAACGUGGAAGACUCUGGCCUCGACUCUCCUUCCCAUGCAGCACCCGGCCCCUCCCUGGAUUCCUGGGUCCCCCGCCCGGGCACCCCGCAGAGCCCGCCCACCUGUAGGGCACAGCCCCCUGAACCCAGGGGAACACGGCCCCCACCACCACCCGACUCUCCGCAGCGCCUGGCACCAUCCCCAGGCCCUUGGGGACUGGAGGCCGGAGGAGACCUGGUGCCCCCACCCGCCGAUGGCACCUCUAGGGAGGGCCUCGCUGCCCCACCCCGGAGGCCACGCUCCAGAAAGGUGUCUUGCCCCCUCACCCGGAGCAACGGUGACCUGUCUCGGCCCCUGAGCCCCUCCCCCCUGGGCUCCUCUGCCCCCAGCAUCACCUCGGAGCGGCCCGGCUUCUCCUCCCAGACGGGACACGGAGUCUCCCGGGGCCCGAGCCCCGUGGUCCUCGGCUCCCAGGAUGCCCUGCCUGUGGCCACAGCCUUCACGGAGUACGUCCACGCCUACUUCCGAGGCCACAGCCCCAGCUGCCUGGCUCGAGUCACUGGGGAGCUGACCAUGACCUUUCCUGCUGGUAUCAUGCGAGUGUUCAACGGGACCCCGCCCCCACCGGUCCUCAGCUUCAGGCUCGUGCACACGGCCCCCAUCGAGCACUUCCAGCCCAGUGCUGACCUGCUCUUCAGUGACCCCUCCCAGAGCGACCCGGACACCAAAGACUUCUGGCUCAAUAUGGCAGCUCUGACCGAGGCCCUGCAGCGCCAGGCGGAGCAGAACCCCACGGCCUCCUACUACAACGUGGUGCUGCUGCGAUACCAGUUCUCCCGCCCCGGCCCCCAGUCCCUGCCUCUGCAGCUGAGUGUCCACUGGCAGUGCGCGGCCUCGCUCACCCAGGUCUCGGUGGAGUACAGCUACCGCGCUGGGGCCACGGCCGUGUCCACGCCGCUCACCAACGUCCAGAUCCUGCUGCCCGUCGGGGAGCCCGUGACCAAUGUCCGCCUACAGCCUGCUGCCACCUGGAGCCUAGAGGAGAAGCGGUUCAUGUGGAAGCUUCCAGAUGUGUCUGAGGCAGCAGGCACUGGCCACCUCUCUGCCAGCUGGGAGCCCGUGUCUGGGCCCAGCACGCCCAGCCCUGUGGCCGCACAGUUCACCAGCGAGGGGGCCACUCUGUCGGGCGUGGACCUGGAGCUGGUGGGCAACGGCUACCGCAUGUCACUGGUGAAGAGGAGGUUCGCCACAGGGAUGUACCUGGUGAGCUGCUGAGCUGGGACCGAGGUGCUCACUCACCCCCGCCCUCCUGCUGGG